UAUAUAUACUUUGUUAUAUUUUUGUCAAUCUGAUUGAGUCUUUCCUUGUCUUUUUUUUGGUACAGUGGCAGUUUUCUGGAGAGAGAGAGAGAUGAGGGUAAGCUCACCUUUGUGGGAUGCAGUGGUGUUUGCAGUCAUGGUAAUGGUGGAGUGUGCCUCCAUAGGUUUAACCACACUAAGCAAAGCAGCCAUGUCUGGAGGAAUGAGCAGUUUCAUCUUCAUCAUGUACUCCUAUGCUCUUGCCACCCUCAUCCUCCUGCCCGCUGCCUUCUUUUUCCACAGGGCAAAUCUCCAUCCAAUGACCUUUUCCUUUCUCUGUAAAAUGUUCCUUCUUGGCCUAAUUGGUUAUUUGAUGCAAAUUUUCGCGUAUACUGGCAUUAACUACAGUUCUCCUACUCUUGCUGCGGCAAUGAGCAAUCUUAUACCUGCUUUCACCUUCAUAAUUGCCGUCCUUUUCAGGAUGGAGAAUUUAUAUUGGAAAAGCUCAAGCAGUCUAGCUAAAUCAAUUGGAACCAUAGUAUCAGUGUCAGGGGCAUUCAUUGUGACUCUCUAUAAGGGCCCACCAAUCAUGAUGGAUUUAUCAUCUUUUAAGUCAUCAAAUUGGAUUCUUCUCUCUUCACAGUCAAAUUGGGUUAUUGGAGGUUUUUUCUUUGCUGCAGAUGCUAUGUUAUCUGCAAUAUGGCAUAACUUCCAGGCAGCAGUUGUUAAGGAAUAUCCAGAAGAACUCACUCUGACCUUUUUCUAUUCCUUCUUUGGUACCAUCCUAUCUGCAAUAGGAUCUCUGAUUGCGGAACGAGACAAAAGCGCAUGGAGAUUAAAGCCUGAUUUGGCGUUGAUUACUAUUGUAUACUCUGGGAUGCUUGGGUAUGGAUUCUGUGUUGGUGCUAUGACAUGGGCUUUCCACCAAAAGGGCCCUCUCUAUGUUGCCAUGUUCAGGCCUUUGGGGAUUGUUAUUGCUGUUGUUAUGGGAGUACUUCUCCUUGGGGACACCUUCUAUCUAGGAAGAUUUGAUUGAUCAAGGAACAAAGGUUUGGAGAGUAGAUAUUAUUUGAAAUCUAUUUGAUCCUGUUGUUGCUCACUUUUGAUAGUGAGUUUGAAGUUGAGUCAGCCAGGUGAAGAUCCUUCAGGACAAAGACAGCCAAUAGGUUGGCAUCAUAGGGGGGCAUCUUCAUCCAACACCUCUCAUUUGCCUUUAUGAUCUUGAUAUCACCCGCGAAAGAAAUCAAACUGCACACAGAACACCUUGAAUAACCAUGUUUAAUUGGUGCUGUUUAAGCAACGCAUUCCAGGCACAGGAUUAUUGGCUGAGGUGAUGCUAUUGGUUCUAUUGAUGAGGUACACUCAGAACAGUUUAUCACCUCCUGUUAAACUGUAACUCGGCAGCAGCUAUGCAUUUGAAUGCAAGAGUAGAAGAGUAGAUUGUGGGUUGGACUGCAGGUGUAUGGUUUGGGUUGGUCAUAUCAUGAUCUACGUCUCGCAAGUUUCGUACGAUUAUAAGGUGAGGAAUGCUAGGAUUUCCAAGGACAGGACCCCCCCAGAUUCACUUAUGGAGGCUGCUCAAGUUCAUUCAUUUGCUGUCAACAGCAACUUGCAUUCGGAUCAACAUGUUAAUGGUUCUAAGAGUUCCUUAUUCAAUAUCUUGGAUCAUGGAUGCAGUGUAAUGUGAAUGGAGCUACUGGGGCUAAUUGUUCGGUGCCUGUGAUGGUUAUUAGAAAUCGAAAUAGUAUCUUAAUUGCUGCUGAAGGUGACUUUUGAAUCAUGUUCUGAUCAGAACAAACAAGUUAAUUGAAUUUGGCAUAGCUGUGUCUUUAUGCUCGUUGUCAUUGUUGUUGAAAGAGAUGCACAAGAAGUGAUCUAGUAUCCAAGUUUCUGUUGGCGAUUUCCAUAGUCUUCCUUUGCCACUUGGAUUUGAAUAUGCGAAUUGCAGAAAUCUUCUCCUCUCUUUUGUUGCAAGAUUGCUGCUGCUGCUGCUCACACUUUGGCCUGAACUUUUGUUCUAUCCUAUAACCUUGCAGGCUUGUACCACCCCUAGUUAGUUAAAACGCAUUUUGAACGCCUUUUUUUUUUUUUUUUUUUUUUAUAAUGGAGGGUAAUUUU